AUUCUUUGUAAGAGGAAUAUUGAGCAUGACUUUUUUAUUCUAAAGUGGUGGGCAGGAAAAUUAAACUUUGUCGAUCAAAGAUACUAUUGCUAUUAAUUGUUGUAUCAGCUACAUUGUCCAUCAAAUACAUGAGUCAGAAUCCAUGGAAGGCCUAUUUUUAUUAUUCAUUUGCUCCCAAUUUCACUUCAUGUUGCUAACUUCUGCAGCAUUAGACACAAUCACUACAGAUAAAUCCAUUAGAGAUGGUGACACAAUUGUUUCAGCUGGUGGGAUUUAUGAACUUGGAUUUUUCAGUCCUCGAAAUUCCAAGAAUCGUUACGUUGGCAUAUGGUACAAGAAGAUAGCACCUAGAACUGUUGUGUGGGUUGCAAAUAGAGAGAUUCCACUGAAUGGCACUUCAGGAGUGUUAACACUUAAACCCAAUGGGAUUCUUGCACUUGUUGAUGGUUCCAAUGUCUCAAUUUGGUCAUCAAACUCAUCAAGAUCCUUAAAGAAUCCAAAAGCGCGGCUCCUGGAUUCAGGGAACCUUGUUGUUAGUGAUGGAAAUGAUAAAGGCCUGGAAAUUAAUUUCGUGUGGCAGAGUUUUGAUUAUCCAGGGAAUACUAUAUUACCUGGCAUGAAGAUAGGAAAAAAUUUUGUCAAAGGCAUGGAUUCUUACAUAACGUCAUGGAAGAGCGCGGAUGAUCCUACUCCCGGUGAAUAUGUAGACCGUGUUGAUACACAUGGAUACCCGCAAAUGGUUGUGUGCAAAAAUUCAUCUGUAGUUUUUAGCUCAGGCCCCUGGAAUGGUAUUGCAUUUAGUGGUAGUCCUAAUAAUAAACUAAAUACAUAUUACAGUUUUGAGUAUGUUAUUAAUCAGCAGGAAAUUUACUAUAAAUACAAGCUUAAGAAUGAGUCCAUACCCACCAGGGUGGUGAUCAAUCCGUCUGGUGUGCUAGAACACCUAACAUGGAUCAAGCGAAGUCAGAUCUGGUUUCUCUACUUGACAGCACAAUUUGAUAAUUGUGAUCGUUUUGCUUUAUGUGGACCUUAUUCAAGUUGCAACAUCAAUAACUCCCCUCCGUGUGACUGUCUGAAAGGCUUCGAGCCUAGGAAUCCUCAAGAUUCUGCAGCAGACUGGUCUAGUGGUUGUGUAAGGAGAACUUCUUUGGAUUGUACGCACGAUGGUUUUCUAGAAUUUACGGGUAUUAAGUUGCCGAAUUCUAGAAACUCCUGGUAUAAUGAGGACAUGAAUCUUGAAGAUUGCGGGAAAAUGUGCUUAGCUAAUUGCAAUUGUACAGCCUACUCAGAUCUUGAUAUUAGAAAUGGCGGGAGUGGAUGCUUACUAUGGUUUGGCGAGCUCAUAGAUAUAAGAGCGUUCAGCCAAAAUGAGCAAAACCUGUAUGUGAGAGUAGCUGCUUCAGAAUUAGACAAGAAGCGGAGGAGAAAACGGUCAGCUCUGGUUGCUGUUAUUUCAGCAGUGAUAGCAACAUUUAUCCUCGGUUUUUUAGCUUGGGUUUACUUCCAAAGAAGGAAAAGAAGAAGAGGUACAAAAGUUGAAAAUGAGGACAUGGAGCUUCCAUUGUUUGAUUUAGUUACUGUUACUAGUGCCACUGAGAACUUCUCUUCUGCUAAUGUGAUUGGGGAGGGUGGCUUUGGACCGGUUUACAAGGGUAUCCUACCAAGUGGGCAAGGGAUAGCAGUAAAGAGGCUAUCGAAGUAUUCUGGACAAGGCAUUCAAGAGUUAAAAAAUGAAAUUGUUCUCAUUUCCAAGCUGCAACAUAGGAACCUUGUCAAGCUAUUGGGUUGCUGCCUUGAAGGAGAAGAAAGGAUGUUAAUCUAUGAGUUUAUGCCCAACACUAGCUUGGACCAUUUCAUUUUCGUUCUACAUUGUGCAGAUCCAAGCAGAAGAGCUUCACUUUCAUGGAAGAACCGUUUUGAAAUUGCUAUAGGAAUAUCUCGAGGUCUUCUUUACCUUCACCAGGAUUCAAGAUUAAGAAUUAUUCACAGAGAUCUCAAGACCAGCAACAUUUUAUUAGAUAGUGACAUGAAUGCCAAAAUUUCUGACUUCGGCCUAGCCAAAAUAUUUGGUGGAGACCAAGUAGAAGGAAAAACUAAGAGAGUAAUAGGGACAUAUGGAUAUAUGUCCCCUGAGUAUGCUGUUGACGGGAAAUAUUCAGUAAAAUCAGAUGUAUUCAGUAUCGGCGUGAUCAUUCUUGAAAUAGUUAGUGGCAGAAAGAACAGGAAAUUUCAUCAUUUGGAACAUCAUCACAAUCUUUUGGGACAUGCAUGGCUACUUUGGACUGAAGGAAAGGCAUUGGAACUGAUAGACGAAUGUAUCAAAGAAUCCUUUUCAGAAUCUCAAGUGUUGAGAUGCAUCCAGGUCGGUUUGUUGUGUGUCCAAAAACUCCCGGAGGAUAGGCCAACAAUGGCAUCAGUAGUUUUCUGGUUAGGCAAUGGAGGUCUGGUUCUUCCUCAACCAAAGAAACCUGGUUUUUUUAUAGAGAGGAAUACAACGGAAUCAGAAGAGUCAACUGCCGAAGGAUAUGUAAGUAACAGCAUGUCGAUAACAGUUCUAGAGCCAAGAUAGACAUAAAAUCCCAAUUGGAAAAUUUGAAAUGUAGUCACUUUGUCUUGUUUUUCAACAGUACUAGUGUAUAUAUGACAGUAUGAAGCGAACUAAGGAGGAUAGUCGAGUAUUUCUGUUUUUCAUUGACAUGUAUUCUUUCUGUACUAUAAUGGACAUAAUGAAUUGGCCUAUUCUGA